AUGAGUACUUUCCUGUUUUUACUUUUUCCCAAAAAGCAACCUGGAGGAGUAUUACCUUCACAAAGAUAUUUACACACUGUCACAUUAAUUGAUAAUAAUUUAUAUAUUAUAGGAGGUCAAUAUUUAACUGAUACUUCUAUUGAAAUUAUCGGAAAAGAAUUCAUUUGUCUUGAUGUAUCUAACCCAUUUAAUACUUGGGAAUUAUCGUGGGAAAACUUGACAGAUAUUAAUAUGGUUCCACCACAUAUAGGUGCUGCAUCCGCUCAAAGCGUUGCAAAUAUGUUCUUAUAUGGAGGAAUUUCUACUAAUAAUGAUGAAAAAGAUUUAGUUUAUAUAUUUGAUACGCGAGGUGGCUCCAUAAUUAAUAAUGAACCUUUAACGUUAAAUGAGGUAUAUUUAUAUGAUACAAUCCAAGAUAAUUGGAGUAUAAAAACAACUUCAGGAUACAUACCUUCUCGAAGAUUUGCUUUUUCCGCUGUACUUUCGCUAGAUGGCCAAAAAAUAAUCAUUUUUGGAGGAAAGUGGACGACAAAUCUUACAGCACUUUAUGAGUUAGAUUUAACAAAUUUUAAUUGGUAUAUUCCAAAAGUUUCUGGACAAAUUCAAGAUCCAAGGUAUUGGCAUAAAGCGAAUGUUAUUGGAAAAUACAUGGUUAUAUCAUUUGGGUGCUGUUAUGAUCAAUCAAUUGAAAGUGAUAUUUUAUUACUUGAUAUUAGUAAUGAUCAAGAAUAUGUAUGGACAACAAAUUUUGAGCCACAUUUACCCUCUCCAUUACCGACACAAGUACCGACACAAGAAAUGACUGAAUCAAAAUUUAGCGUAGCGAUAUUUUGGCUUUACUGGGUAUCCGCUCUUUCUAAAUAUAUUCCAGGCGUAGGGAAUUGA